CUACUCCAGUCUCCCACUCACCUAUCUCGCAGCGCCCGAGCAAUCGCCACGCCCACGCCCCAAUGGAAGACAGCGCCACCAAUGGCCAUGGGGUUGUGACGGCUGUCCCGGCCUCGUGGAACUUCGAGCCAAACGAGACCCUCCUGGGUCUUCCGGCGCUCUCGGUUCGCGGCGUGCUGACCAGAGUCAUGGCCGGGAUGUUGCCCGACGGUGGGCGGGCGGUGGUCCGGUUGGGCAGCGGCGACCCGACAGCGUUCCCGUGCUUCCGGACGGUGCCAGAGGCCGUGGACGCCGUCGCCAGCGCGGUCCAGUCCGGGCAGUACAACUCCUAUUCCACUAGCGUCGGCCUUGAGCUCGCACGGAGGUCCAUUGCUCAGUACUUAUCCUGUGAUUUGCCAUAUAAACUGUCACCUGAUGAUGUCUACCUCACAAGUGGUUGCACUCAAGCAAUUGAGAUACUCUGCUCUGCGUUAGCUCGUCCUGGUGCAAACAUCCUGCUUCCAAGACCUGGAUUUAUGUUCUAUGAGGCGCGUGCUAUCUUCAAUGGCAUGGAAGCCCGUUACUUCAAUCUUCUACCUGGGAACGGCUGGGAGGUUGACAUUGAUGGCGUCCAAGCUCUUGCCGACAAGAAUACUGUUGCCAUGGUCAUUGUGAACCCAGGAAACCCAUGUGGCAAUGUGUACUCCUAUGAGCACCUGGCCAAGGUCGCUGAGACCGCGCGAAAGCUUGGCAUAUUCGUCAUAGCAGAUGAGGUUUACGCACACUUGACAUUUGGAGAGAGGAAAUUUGUGCCGAUGGGUGUGUUUGGGGCUGUGGCUCCAGUGUUAACACUGGGGUCCAUAUCAAAGAGAUGGAUGGUGCCUGGAUGGCGGCUUGGAUGGAUUGUUACCAAUGAUCCGAAUGGUGUAUUUCAGAGGACUAAGGUAGUGCACAGCAUCAAGAGCUACCUUGAUAUCUCCUCUGAUCCUGCAACAUUUGUCCAGGGAGCAAUACCAAAACUCGUGGAGAACACAAAGGAGGAAUUCUUCGAAAAAACUAUCGAAAUUCUAAAACGAUGUGUAGAUAUAUGCUGUGAAAAGCUGAAGGGCAUCAAUGCAAUCACGUGCCCAAGCAAACCAGAGGGAUCCAUGUUUGUAAUGGUGAAACUGGAUCUGUCCUGCCUGGAGGGCAUCAAAGAUGACAUGGACUUCUGCUGCCGGCUGGCAAAGGAAGAAUUAGUGGUUGUUCUGCCAGGAUGUGCUGUCGGAUACAAGGAUUGGCUUCGCAUCACCUUUGCGAUUGAUCCAUCUUCUCUGGAAGAGGGGCUUGACAGGCUCAAGUCCUUCUGCUUGCGAUACAGAAAGCCAACAAAGUGAUAAGAUAAAGUCACCAGUUCUAUGCAACAGAGACAAAAAUUGUUAUGAACUUCUGCACAGAUAUAUGAUAUUGUAUCAUCUUCACUCGAAGAUGACAUGUUUGAUGCUCUUUGUCUAUAGUAAAUAAAUGAUGUCUCUUCUCUGUCAUCUACUUAUCUACUGUUUGUAGGCGCAACACAAAUUUUAGGGGAUAUGAAGUGUAGAAGACUCUGCCUCUUGCACGAAACCAUCAUGCAAGUUUGGCAUAAUAACUUUCGAAAUGAAAUCACCACAUUGAUUCUGCUCC